UGUUGUUCAAAUUGUGAUUUAAAUUGUACCUAACAUGUUAAAAUUAAUACAAUAAAUUUCGAAGCAGGUGUAAUUAUUUCUCUGAUAUUAAGGUAAUGGAUACUUUUUCAUAAGAGCUUUAAAAAAUGAGGCGAAGUUUAGCGCCUAGUCAAAUUGGCUCCGGUGACAAUGUAUUUAAAAGUCCAUUACUAGGUUCAAAAAGAAAGAAGCGGGAAUGUACAAGAAUACCACUAACACAAAAAUCAGCUUCUCAAACCUUAUCGGCAACAGAUCACGAGAACCUAAUCAAGCAAAUAUUGAGCAAACCAUUCAAAGUUCCUAUAUCAAACUAUGUAUCGUCGUAUUGCAGCAAAAGUUUAGGCUUAAAACGAACGCAAUUAAGAAGGGCCUUACACGACCCAGACGAACCGAACGCACUCGUUCUAUACCGCCCUCCAUACAUACCGGAACAUGAGAAGAUGAAAAUGAAUGCUACCGAUAUACAGGUGGCUGUUGUUGUUGAUCCGGUUCUAGGGAACAUUUUACGGCCUCAUCAAAGAGAUGGAGUUCAGUUUAUGUACGACUGCGUUACAGGAAAACAGAUUGAAAAUGCUUAUGGAUGUAUCAUGGCUGAUGAAAUGGGCUUAGGAAAAACUCUUCAAUGUAUAACCCUCUUAUGGACUCUUCUUAGACAAGGGCCAGACUGCAAACCAACAAUAAGCAAAGCCAUAAUUGUCUGUCCCAGUAGCUUAGUUAAAAAUUGGUAUAAUGAAAUACAAAAAUGGCUCGGCCAAAGAAUUAAUGCUUUGCCAAUGGAUGGUGGCUCUAAAGCUGAAAUAACUUUAAAAUUGCAACAAUUUAUGAACACAUUUGCUGCAAUUAGAGUCGCAACCCCUGUUUUAAUUAUAUCUUAUGAAACAUUCAGGAUAUAUUCUAAUAUUUUGCAUGCAUCUGAAGUUGGCCUUGUUCUGUGUGAUGAAGGACAUCGUUUGAAAAACAGUGAGAAUCAAACAUAUCAAGCUUUAAUGGGUUUAAAAGCAAAAAGAAGGAUAUUAAUAUCCGGUACUCCUAUACAGAAUGAUCUUACAGAAUAUUUCAGCUUAGUUCACUUUGUAAAUGAAGGGAUUCUUGGUACGGCCCAAGAGUUUAAGAAGAGGUAUGAAAAUCCAAUUCUAAAAGGUCAAGAUGCAUUAGCGUCAGUACCAGAAAGAGAAAGGGCACAAGAAUGUCUUCAAACUCUAACAUCAAUAGUCAACAAAUGUAUGAUUCGAAGAACUAGUAGUUUACUAACAAAAUACUUGCCGGUCAAGUUUGAACAAGUUAUUUGUGUGAAGAUGACGCCUUUACAGACGCAAAUAUAUAAAAACUUUAUUAACUCUGAUGCUAUUAAAAAUAAAUUUUCUGGAACAGGUGAAAAGAAUACACUAAGUGCUCUCUCCAGUAUUACUACACUUAAAAAGCUAUGUAACCAUCCAGAUCUAGUUUACGAUAAGAUUAUAGAAAGAUCUGAAGGAUUUGAAAAAGCAAGAGAUCUAUUACCUAGUAAUUAUGAUAUCAAAGAUGUCCGACCAGAAUAUUCCGGAAAGCUUAUGAUUCUAGACUGUAUAUUAGCUAACUUAAAAACAAAUACAGAUGACAAGAUUGUCCUUGUAUCAAAUUAUACACAAACUCUUGAUUUGUUUGAGAAAUUAUGCCGGAAAAGGUGCUAUCAGUAUGUGAGGCUAGAUGGGUCUAUGACUAUCAAAAAGCGAGCAAAAGUUGUUGAAAGCUUUAAUAAUAAAGAUUCCAAAGAGUGGAUUUUUAUGUUAAGCUCCAAAGCUGGAGGAUGUGGAUUGAAUCUCAUUGGUGCAAAUCGAUUAAUUAUGUUCGAUCCAGACUGGAAUCCUGCUAAUGAUGAUCAGGCCAUGGCAAGAGUAUGGCGAGAUGGGCAAAAGAAGCCUUGUUAUAUUUAUAGGUUAUUGGCCACUGGUACAAUAGAAGAAAAAAUAUUCCAACGGCAAGCUCACAAAAAAGCUCUCAGUGACACAGUAGUUGAUCAAAAUGAGGAAUCAUUAAGGCAUUUUACAUCAGAUGAUCUAAAGGACUUAUUCCGUUUAGAAGAAAAUACUUUAUCAGAUACUCAUGGUAAAUUUAGAUGCAAACGAUGCAUAAAUAAUAUUCAAAUUACACUGCCUCCAGAGAACUCAGACUGCACCUCAGAUUUAUCAAACUGGUAUCACUGUGCCGAUAAGAAGAACUUAGCUGAUUUAGUCCUGAAGCAAUGCUGGGAUCUUGCUAAGAGUAUAUCAUUCGUUUUCCAUCAUCGCUCGGCUCAAACUGAAGCACAGAUGAUUGCAAAUAAAGAAGACGAUAAAGAGAACAUUCAAGAGCCUAAAAGAAGGAAAAUAGAAAUAGAUGAAGACUAUUCCGAACCAGACGAUAGUGGUGAUGAAGAUUAUGUGUAAUUUUGAUAAUUGAUAAAUUAAGUUAUAUUGUUUAAGUAUAUUUCUAAAAUAGCUGAAAAGAAAAUCGAAUUAUAAUGUACAAAUAAUUAAUCUAUACAAUA